UGGAAUUUUCGCCAUCUCUGAUUUUUUUGGGGUCUCUGUGGCGAUUUUGGGUUCAUUUUGCGAGGUUUUGGUUAAUUUUGGGGGGGGAUAUUUGGGGUCUGCCGGUGAUUGUUGGGGUGUUUUGGUUCAUUUUUGGGGUUUUUUGGCUGAUUUUUGAAUUUAAUUUCUUAAAAAAAAAAAAAAAAAAGAUUUUUUAAAAAAACCUCACUCCUGGGAAAACCAGGAAUUUUCAGGAUUUCUCCCCAAAUCGCCGAUUUUGGGGAUUUUUGACCUUUUCAGGGCUCAAAAAAACCCCAAAACUUAAAAAGUGAAGUGAAAAUCCCCCAAAAGCGGAAAAAUCCCCCCAAAAAAAUCCCACUUCUCUUUUUUUUUGCGUGUUUGGGGUUUUUUUGCAUUCUUGACGUUUUUCCUGGGGGGUUUUGGGGGCGUUUUCGGGUCUCAAAUCACACGAAAAUCACCAAAAACAGCCGAGAAGACCCAGAAAAAAGAGAUUUACCUGGAAACGGGAGCGCAGGCUCCGGAGCGAUGGCGCCGCUCCAGUUUCUGGCCCUGCUGGUUCUCGGCAUGGGAAUUUCAGGAAUUUUGGGAAUUUUGGGAAUUCCGGUGGAGCUGCCCGUUCCCACCCCGUCCCUUCCCCCCGAGCCGUGCUCCAGGGCCGGUGACUCCUGGCUCUGCUGGCUCCCUUUCCGCGGCCACAUCCCGGCGCACGCUGUGUCCAGCUGGAGCCGGCGCUCCGGCCGCCCGCAGUUCGUCUGCUCCACUCGGCUCCGCGGCUGCGACCUGGGCGCCUUCGACCCCGAGCGCGGCCCCUUCUGCUCCUUCCCCUGGGCCGAGGAGGAGCUGAGGAGCCCCGAGUUCCAGCUCCUCAUCAACCCCGGCGGCUUCGAGGCGCUGGACUGGGUGAACACCUCCUUCGGCAGCACGCCCGAGGGGGCGGUGGAGGGAUGUCCCCUCACCGACAUCUUCGUCGGCCGCAGCCCGGACGGGCUGGGCAAAGUGUCCAAGGAGCAGCAGGCGCUGUUCGUGGCCGUGGAGGGCGAGGAGAUCUGGUACAAAUGGUACCAAACCCUGGUGGUCCGGCAAGGCCCGGCCGACGUCUCCAUCGCCAACGUGUCCUACAACGGCAGCGCGGCGCUGGAGAGCGCCGAGCCCGUGGCGCUGGCCGAGGUGCUGGCGAGGAACGACGGCUGCCAGGUGGCCCCGAGAUCCAUCACCUUGGAGGAGGCCACGGAGGUGGAGCGGGGCUGGAGCGCCGAGCUGCCGGCGCUGGCGGCUUCGCGCGGGGUGCUGCGGGCGGCUCCGCUGCUUUUCGCGGAAUCGGGAGGUUGGGAUUUGGGGAACGUCACCUCCGUGCCGUGGGCGGGCGGCGCCAGCGCCACCGAGUUCGUGUGGCGCGUCCACCGGCUCCACGAGGAGAUCCCGGCGCGCUCCGAGUGCGCCGCGGUUCUCCGCGGGGUCCGGCGCCAGAUCCGCGUCCCCUUCUCGGCCUGGCUGACCAGGGAAUUCCGCUCCGGCCGCCAGCACCGCGUGGUCAUCGCGGGCUGGGCGCAGAGCCGGGCGGUCACCGGCGUCCACGCCAGCCUGGAGCGCUGCCGCCAGCUCACCGAGCUUCCGCCGUGCCCCAAUUAAGGCAAUUCCUGGAAUUCAGCUUUUCCUGCUGGUUUUUCCUCCCCCCCCC